AUGUCCGAUUUAGCACUCACGCCUGGCUUUGUCUUUUACGAUCUUGGAAGCGGCGUGGGAAAGUGCGUUAUACAGGUUGCGAUAGAUUGGUUGCCGUCGAAGAGCGUGGGGAUUGAGUUGGCAAAAACUCGACACGACGCAGCGCUAGAGGCGCAUUCUCAUGCUUUACAACUGGGCUUAUUAAAGGAUCGCAAUAUCAGCUUCAUUAAUGGUGACAUCAUGGACACAGAAUUGUACCAGGAUGGUGAGGUGCUCUACGUAGCCAGCCUAUGUUUCGAUACAGAAUUCAUGGGUGUACUAGCGGAAAAGCUCUCCCAUCUGCCACACCUCGACUAUAUCGCCACCAUACAAGAAUUUCCUAAACCAUUACCACCGAAUUUGGUGUAUCUGAGACCGGUCUCAAUUCGCAUGACAUGGAAUGACGAUGAUCAGAAAACGCCUGUGCAUCUUUACGGACGAAAAGCCACGUAG